AUGCUGGUACACGUGUUCUCAACCAGUAGUAAGGUGUUACCAUACUACCUGACAGGCUACGGUUUGCCCGCAAUCGUGGUUGCUGUAGCAGGCGGGAUAAGUAAGGGCGAAGGGUACGGACACGAGCAAUAUUGCUGGCUGUCUACCGAUCGUGGAUUCAUCUGGAGCUUUGCUGGACCUGUCGCUCUCAUCAUCUUGGUGAAUUUCGUGUUCUUGGUAGUGUCUAUCCGUAUCGCCUACUCUGGCCGUGCUGCAGUCAGCAAGGACGCCACCAACUCACAGAAUAUCAAGAUAUGGAUCAAGGGGGCAGUGACUUUGACCUUCCUCCUUGGAAGCACAUGGGGUGUAGGGUUCUUCUUUCUCAGCGGGGCAUCUAUACCCAUGGCCUACGCCUUCGUCGUACUCAAUUCCCUACAGGGAAUGUUCAUCUUCAUCUAUCACUGUUUGGGUAACGACCGAAUCAAGAAGGAGAUGGCCAAGUUUCUACUUCGUCAGCCAUGCCUGCCUGAUUGUCUAAGGGUCAGACUCGAAGUUGUCGCUCGCGUCGGUAGCAAUGUGUACAGCUUAACUCAAAGCUCAACAGUAUCGACCAACAAGAAACCUGACACUGUUGCUCUUUCAGAGAAGAAGAAAGACGUGGUUCAUCCCGUGGUCUGUGUACAGGACGUCGAUGAGGAUGAUGGCAAGCCCAGGUCCUGGCUCUACAACCGUAAUGGAGCCGAGGAGACCAAGGUGAUUCCUCCCUCCGACUACCCUGAACCAGACUACUAUUAAGUCUACAGCGGAAUAAUUAUAUCCAAAUCAUAAGACCCGCUUUUAAACUGUCCAGACUCAAGACUUACCUUUUCCUUACGUUUACCUUUCCUGACAAGUGACGAUUCUAAAAU